AUGGACACCAGAAAGCUGACGGAAAUUUUGCGAGCUACUAUUGAUCCUAAUCAGAGGCAACAAGCAGAAGAACAACUUUCCCAGAUCCAUAAAAUAAUUGGAUUUGCUCCCUCUUUGCUGCAAGUUGUUAUGCUAAAUGAGGUUACAAUUCCUGUCCGUCAAGCUGGAGUUGUAUAUCUGAAGAAUUUGGUAACCUCAGGAUGGUUAGAGAAAGAGGCAGAAGAUGGAGAGCCAAUACCAUUUAGUAUUCACGAACAGGACAGAGCCAUGAUAAGGGAUAUCAUUGUAGAUGCCAUAGUUCAGGCACCUGAUAUAAUCAAAGUUCAGCUCUGUGUAUGCCUCAAGACCAUCAUUAAACAUGACUUCCCAUCACGCUGGACUCAAAUUGUUGAUAAAAUACAUAUUUACCUACAAAAUCAUGAGCCAAACAGUUGGAUGGGUGCUCUCUUAUGUUUGUACCAACUAAUAAAAUGCUAUGAAUAUCAUACCGCUGACAAAAGGGUCCCUCUUAUUGAGGCUAUGAACCUUUUAUUACCUAUGAUGUAUAACCUCAUUGUCAAUCUCCAGGCUGAUCAAUCUCCAGAAUCGGUUACUAUACAAAAACAAAUACUUAAGUGUUUCUAUGGUCUAAUAAAGUUCAAUUUACCACUGGGUUUAAUCACAAAAGAAAUAUUCACAAAAUGGAUGGAAGUUCUCCGAUCUGUAAUGGAGCAGCCUGUCCCAGAACAUACUUUGCAAGUUGAUGAGGAUGAACGCAUGGAACUUCCUUGGUGGAAAUGCAAGAAAUGGGCAGUUCAUACCCUUUAUCGUUUAUUUGAAAGAUAUGGAAGCCCAGUAAAUGUUCGAGAUGAAUAUGUUCAGUUUGCAGAGUGGUACUUGACUACUUUCACUGGUGGAAUAUUAGAGGUUCUUCUCAGAGUUCUGGAUCAGUACAGAAACAAAAUCUAUGUGUCACCACGAGUACUGCAGCAGACAAUUAGCUAUAUUGACCAGUGCAUAAGUCACGCACAUUCUUGGAAGUUACUGAAGCCUCACAUGUUUGCUAUUAUCAAGGAUGUGCUAUUUCCACUUAUGUCCUACUCUGAAGCUGAUGAAGAGUUAUGGUUCUCUGAUCCCCAUGAAUAUAUACGUAUCAAAUUUGAUAUAUUCGAAGAUUUUGUUUCUCCUGUAACAGCAGCACAGACAUUACUCAUAUCAUGUUGUAAAAAGAGAAAAGAUAUGUUGGAAGAAACAAUGCAUUUAUGUAUGCAAGUCCUAAGAAACCAGAAUGGUGAAUAUGGACCCCGCCAAAAAGAUGGUGCUUUACACAUGGUGGGAACACUUGUUGAUAUCCUUAUAAAGAAAAAGUUUUAUAAUGAAGAAAUUGACCCACUCCUCAGUGAAUUUGUUAUUCCUGAGUUUCAUAGUCAGUUGGGUUACAUGAGGGCCAGAGCUUGCUGGGUGCUUCACUGCUUCUCAAGUAUCCGUUUCAAGAGUGAAAUGCUGUUGGUAGAAGUUGUCCGUCUCACAGUUAAUGCUUUCCUCAAUGAUACUGAACUGCCUGUGAAAGUUGAGGCAGCUAUAGCCAUACAAAUGUUACUGACAUCACAGAACAAAGUCCAUAAAUUACUAGAACCUCAAGUUAAAGCUGUCACCACAGAGCUUCUAAAUGUAAUUCGUGAAACAGAAAAUGACAACAUUGCUAAUGUUCUACAAAAAAUUGUACCUUUGUACACAGAACAAUUAAUGCCAAUGGCCUAUGAGAUCACAGAUCACUUAGCAACUACAUUUAGUAAAGUUAUUGAGACAGAUUCUGGAACAGACGAAAAGGCUAUCACAGCAAUGGGUCUUCUUAACACUAUGCAAGCUGUACUCACAGUAAUGGAAGAUAACCCAGAAAUUAUGUUGCAGCUAGAAAGUACAGUUCUUCGCGUAGUGGGACAUAUUUUACAUCACAAUAUUAUAGAAUAUUAUGAAGAAGCUAUGACUCUAUUGUGCAAUUUAACUGCAAAAUCAAUAUCAAAAGAUUUAUGGACAGUUCUUGAGAUGUUGUAUCAGGUGUUUGAGAAAGAAGGUUUUGACUACUUCACAGACAUGAUGCCAGUAUUGCACAAUUAUAUCACCGUUGACACAAAUGCUUUUCUCUCCAAUGAAAAUCACAUAUUAGCUAUGUUCAAUAUGGUUAAAGUGGUCCUAAAUUCUGACGCAGAAGAUGAAUCUGAAAUAUAUGCAGCAAAACUUCUAGAAGUAAUAGUCUUACAAUGUUCUGGUAAAAUAGAUAAUUGUUUACCAUCAUUUGUUGAAUUAGUUCUUAGCAGACUUACAAGGAAAGUUAAGACUUCAGAACUUAGAACGAUGCUACUGCAGGUGCUUAUUGCCAUUUUAUACUGCAAUCCUCACCUCCUGUUUACGAUUCUGGAAAAACUCCAAGAGUCUGUGCCUAAUGCAUCAAUUACUCAACACUUCAUAAAACAAUGGAUACACGACACAGACUGUUUUAUGGGAUUGCACGACCGGAAGCUGUGCGUUUUGGGCAUUUGCACUUUACUUGAGAUGGGCCCCCAGAGACCGAAUCUAGACGAGGUAAUACCAAAAUUAUUGUCCUCGUGUUUGGUGUUGUUUGAUGGUCUCAAGAGAGCAUACGAAGCGAGAGCCGAAGCUGACGAAGACACGUCGUCUGAAGAAAAUGAUGAGGAAGAAGAUGAAGAAGUUCUUUCAAGUGACGAUGACGACGUUGAUCAAAUGACAAACGAGUAUCUUGAAAAUCUCGCACGAAUGGCGACAAAGAAUAGCAGCCAACAGGGUGUCAACCUUACUGCGAAAAUAGAAGAAUAUGAGAGUGACGAUGACGAUGAAAGCUAUGAGCCUGAUGAGACUGCUAUUGAAUGUUACACAACACCACUAGAUGAGAAAGAUUGUACUGUGGAUGAAUACAUAAAAUUCAAAAACACAUUGACAGCGCUAUCAACCAAUGAGCCUACAUUGUAUCACGCUCUGACAAGUGUUCUGACUGAAGAACAGAGGAAACAAUUACAUGCAGUUUUUGUACUAGCUGACCAACGCAAGGCACAACAAGAUAGUAAACGUAUUGAACAAAGUGGCGGUAAGAAUUCAUGUAUAUUUAUUUUGUAUUCAAAACCUUUACUUUUUACUCCUUUAAUAAGUAGAAUUACUCUAAAUUACAAAGGAAAUAUUCUAAUAUUAAAAUUCCCUUUUGAAGGUUUUAACACUUACUACUUUCCCUAG